AUGGACUGCUUUGCCAAUACUAUUCCGUUCUGGAAAGGCCUCAGGAAGUGGCUGGGAUUUACCAAAGCUACACCGCAAGAUCAAGAGAUCAUCAUUUUUGCUGAUGUGGAAAGAGGGCCUGAUGAUCUCAUGGUAACAUUCCUUCGGUCUCGCUUUUAUGAUCGCCUUCCUUGGGGCGAGUUCAAGGAACUCGGAAGCUCAGCGACACUUGCAGUGGUUAAAGCUGGCUGGAACUGUUUCAGUCUGGAUCAGCUGGCUGAAUCGAUACGCGAAGGGCGAUUUAAGGACUCAGAUCUAAAUAAGGCUCGGAAGAGGGCAAAGGACAAACGGAAGAACAACUUCAGUCGGAGCCCUUCUGAUCCAAUCAGUCGUUUCGGUUAA